UGUUGUCGGCGUGUCCUCCUCGAAUCCUUCUGUCUCUCCUGAUCAUCCGCAAAGGCUGUCGUCGCAAGCUGCCUCCACCCCGCGAGUUCGGAACCUCGUCGGCGCCGGCUCUUAACUAGAGAGAGAAUCAUGACUAUAUUAUGAUUUGAGCAUUGAGUUUGCUAUGCGUUCGUGCUUUAAUGCAUGCAAGAGAAGUUGUAACUUGAUGAGAGGAUUUCAUGUGGGCAAGCAAUUCUCCAACUUCAAUUCUGAGGAUGUUGUCUUAAAAACAGUUUGUGCUCAGUUGAGGCAAAGGAAGUGGAAACAUGUGGAGCACAUUUUGCCAAAUCUCAGUAGUUCGUUGGUAAGUCGUGUUAUUUGUGAACUUCAAAACUCCCCCCAAUUAGCAUGGGAAUUUUACAAAUGGGUUGCAGGCAAGGAGAACUUUGCACAUUCAUUAGCUUCUUCUUGUUCUAUGAUUCAUGUCUUGGUACGUGGGAAGAGGUUUGAUGAUGCAUUAUUACUAAUGAAUGAUUUGCUCUGUGCAAAAGGCAUGUUGCCGUUGGAGAUUUUGCAAGCACUGAUUAGUAACUGCAAAGUGUAUGACUCAACUCCAGCCGUGUUUGACGCAUUGGUUAGGGCAUGUACCCUGACUGGGGACAUGAAAGGUGCUCAUGAGAUUAUUCAGCAGUCCAAGCAGGCUGGCUUUAUGGUUACCAUCCACGGCUGGAAUAACUUUUUGAGUCGUCUUUUGAAGCUGAACAAUAUUGUCGAUUUUCGGAAGAACUAUAAGGAAAUGGUCUCAAAUGGGUAUCUUGAGAAUGUGUACUCUUUCAAUUUGGUAAUACAUGCUCUUUGCAAGGAAUAUAAGUUACUGGAAGCAGUAUCAGUUUUCUAUCAAAUGAUGAAGAAAGGAGUUUGGCCUAAUGUGGUCACUUUUAAUAUGAUCAUAGAUGGAGCUUGUCGGAUGCAUGAUAUGGAACUUGCACUCAAGAUUGUCAGGAAAAUGGGAAUAAUGUCGAGAGAGUGUGUUCAGCCUAAUUCAGUCACAUUCAAUUGUAUCAUUAAUGGAUUCUGCAAAACAGGGAGGAUGGCUGCUGCAAAAGAAGUUUUCAGUGAAAUGAUUACUCUAGGUAUUGAGCCAAAUGUUAGGACAUAUGCAACUCUAAUUGAUGGUUCUCCACGAGUGGGGAGUUUGGAUGAGGCAUUCCAAUUGUGCAAUGAAAUGGUGAUAAGGAGAUUGAUGCCCAAUUCUGUUGUCUACAAUUCUUUAUUAUGUUGGCUUUACAAAGAAGGAGAUUUGAAGGGUGCAACUUUAUUGUUAUCCGACAUGAUUGAAAAAUGUAUAUGCCCUGAUAGUUUCACCUACUCUAUCCUUUUAGAGGGACUAUGCAGUAGUGGAUAUAUGAAUGAAGCUAUCAAAAUUCACAAGCUUAUGCUUGAAAAAAACCUGGCAGAAGAUAAUGCUUGUUACAAUGUUCUAAUAAAAUAUCUUUGUAGAAGCAAGCAGGAUUUGGGAGCCUGGCAACUUGUGGGUAGCAUGUUUGUCCGUGGUUUAGUUCCUGACAUUGUAACAUAUGGCACUUUGAUUGAUGCGUACUGCAAAGAGGGGAAUAUAAGACUGGCAAUUGAAGUUUAUGAUAAAAUAGCCAAGUCGGAAAAACAUCCUAACCUCGUUAUAUACAAUUCUGUUUUAGGUGGUUUCUGCAACAUGGCAUUAAUGGAUGCAGCAGAAUCUUUGGUGGAUUCAUUGGAGAGCAUGGGAUUGUUCGAUUCCAUAACCUAUAAUACUUUGUUACACGGCUAUUGUAUGAGUGGGAAUGUCGACAUGGUAUUUACUUUGGCUACAAAAAUUGGCGGUGUAAAUAGUAUGGUGAAUAUAGUGACUUACAACAUACUGAUGAACUUUCUUUGCAAAUUUGGCUGCAUGUCAAAGGCAAAGGAACUUAUGACAGUAAUGUCUACUCGAGGAAUGUUUCCUGACUCUGUAACUUAUACUACUCUUAUAAACAGUCUGAACAAAAAUUGCAGUCCACAGGAAGUGAUUGAACUCCAUGACUACAUGGUGCUCCAUGGAGUAAUUCCAGAUUCCUAUACAUAUGAAGGAGUUGUGAAGCCAUUGCUUGAAGAGCUGGAUAAUAAUGCUGGAAGUUAGCAUGGUUGAACAUGGUUUAGUAAUGCAAGCUGCAUGCACAACUUCCCUAUGGAAAGAUAAUUACCUAAAUGUUUGGACUAACACAAAAAAUUCUCUCUCCUCAAUAUUGACCAAGCUGCUCUGGUCUUGAGUAAAUUUUUCACUAAGCAGAAUGGUUUGCUUGUGAUCCAUACCAAGACCUUCUCUCUUCUUAUGUUGAUCUUCCUUUUCCCCAUUGGAUAUGCUCUUCUUGUUUGAUCUGUACAGGAUCAAGGCUGCCUUCUGUUGCUGUUCUUUCUGGUUCAUUUUCUUGUAGAGCCCAGAGAUGGGAUGGCAACACUGGACAUGGGUUGAAUUGCAAGAUAGAUUGGGUUUGUAAAUUCAGGUUACAUAAUUUCUUGGAUGAAAGUUGCUGCAUGAUACACUCUGUGCAAAAUCGUUUUACCUUGUUUGUUGAUACAGCCAUUGGAGCUGGAAAUCUUGUCAAUCUAGCUGCAUUCUACAUCAGAAAGGGACCUCUUCACCCCUCUCCCCAUUACAAUGCCCAUGCAACUGCUAAUGAUGAUCCUGAAGUUCUGGUGGAUCAUUUAUUCCACAUAAUGAUCACUGGUGAGAUCAUUGGUGCAACAUCUCUAAUUGUUGACUUGGUUUGGAAGUAAGUUGCAUAUGCCAUGCUGUUAUUUUUUUCACUAGCAGGAAGCAUCUUUUUUGGUAAAGCGAAACCCUGACAGGUCCAAAGAAAAGACUUUCUAGGUGGAUUAGUGAUUUAUAUCCUGUUAUACUCUUCCUGCAACCAUGCUUCAAUGCCUUGUCUCUUAUUUACUGCUUUUAGAUGCUGUUUUUAGCUUUAAAGAUCUGAUCAUAGCAUUUAGUCUUGUGUUUCUGUUUUUGCCAUCUUUGAGGAAUGACUGUUAAACUAAACUAUCAUGGAAAUGAUCUUAAUAGAAGUUUCAGGUGGAAGAAUUAAAUUCUCGAGAUGAGAACCUUAAUCUUUAAUCUGCAAGAGGAUCUUCUUGGAAAAUGAUGGAUUUGUUUGCCCCGAUGGCUUCUUCAUUUGCCUGCUGGUGCAAGUAAAACAACAUUCUGUUUUGCCAUUUGUCCUGCAAGAGAUUAUGAUGUAAUAGAUGCUUGAUAAUACAGUCAUGCAAACUUACUAGAACAGGGUCAAUGGGGGAUGAACUUGCUAGAGCCAUGGAGAUAUUUCAUGCUAGCUUGAUUACAUUGUUCUGGCCUUCAGGCCCAACUCUAAAGCUUUCAUUUCAUGACUCUAAUUCCUACUGAUUGAUUUUGUGAGUAACUUUGGUGUAUACAGGUCUGUGCACCUUUGAGUAGGUUAAAAGCUGCCCCUUUCACAUAAUAUCCAUGCAGAAAUACGGACAUUUUUUCAGAAGCAUUUACUUUUCCUUUAGUUCAGUCUUGUCUUCUCGUCACUUCUCAGUUUCUUCUACUUCAAACGUGGCAUAAAAGCACUGAUUGGUUGUGGGGAAUUAGUGCAAUUGUGGAUAUAGUUAUUGUUCCAAAACUGAACUGGACCAUUCUGUUGGAUUGUAAAUUGGACUGCUAAAAUUAUAUCAUUUUCUUUUCUUGUCAAGAAAGAAAAGAACCAUCUUUUACAUGACUAUUUUUACCCGUCUAUUCUGGUUUUGCACAAGGUUCUAAAUUAUUCUAUAAGUGCUACUGAUAAUAUUUUAAAUUGUAAACUUUUUUUGCGAUGCAGAGCAUUGUUAUUUAGUCUUUUUGCUAAUUUCUAGGUUGACUUCUGUUCUCAACUCCUCCACUCCAGGGAAAAGAUGGGGACGGUCAGCAGAUAAGAGGUCAACGAUAUGAUCGAUCACAUGGUGUAGGGGCUUCAAUGACCAAAAGUAUGGUGCAUUGUGCCCCAAAUGCAGCGUGGCUGCCUCUUUGUACAGACCUGGGUACACUGGCUUGGUGCAGAACCGUCAACGAAUUACUUUCUUGAUGAUGCAGUUUGAUGUUGGUGGUCUUUCUUUGUCUCGACAUCAAGGGGUCAAUGAAUCCACGACUUGUUAAUAAGAAGGGAGUAAUUUUGUGGGAGAAAUGACGUGUCCUUUGUAACAAGUUCAAAAGUUCAAAUUGCUAAGACUUUCUGUAUAUGUCGACAUAAAUUAUCUGAAAGCUCAGUGAUUCUACGGUACAUGUUGAAGAUGACAGGUCACCAUAAACGCCAAAAAACUCAGCUUAGUGAU